AUCGACAAAUCCCUAGCCCUUUCAACGAGUGUCGGAGACUGCUGAACGCCCCAAGCGUCGCCUCGCCCUGCCCCCAGCCGACCCUUCACCGGCGCCCCGGUCUUGGUCUUGUCCUUCCCCAGUCCUUCCCCAGGCGCUAGGACCCACCCCUCUAAUAUAAACUCCACCGAGCUCCCCCAAGCUCUUUUGACCCUUCCUUCCCCCCACCAUCACCACAACCUCCUCAGCUUGACCGACUGCACUGCGACAACGACAACCUCCCCGCUGCUGCAGCCAUGGCUGAUCCUUCCAAGGACCCCUCCACCGCCAUCGAGCCCAUAGCCUCGACGCAUCCUCCUCCCGCCCAAAAUGGGCCUCGGGGCAGCUCUGUCGCCGACGCCGAGGAGAAGCGUCGAGCGAGCAUCACCCAUAUGACCGCCAAUGUCGAGGGCGAGUAUGUACCCUCCUCUCCUCUUCCCGACUCUUGUCCAUCCCAGAAUCUCGCCCCUUCUCUUUCCUUCUCGUUAGCUUCGUGUGUCUGCCACACCUCUAACCAACCCGCCAGGAUCCGCAAUCCCCUCGUUGACUUCUCCAAGGAGGAGCUCCUGGCCGAUGUCGACGACUUUGCCCGCGACCACGGUCUCGAGGAGCACCUGCCUCUCCUCCGCAAGGCUGCCCUGGUCGCCCAGUCUCCCGCCCUCUACCAGGAGAUCCCCGAGCUGGAUGCAGCCGAUAAGAAAGCUCUCGAGGAGGAACACACCCACCGCUUCAAGCAGCCCUUCAUCCUCUACUUCACCAUCAUCAUGAACUCCAUCGCUGCUGCCAUCCAAGGCUGGGAUCAGACGGGCUCCAACGGCGCAAACCUGACCUUCGGUCAAGCUCUCGGCAUCCCCGACAGUGGCCCCGAGUGCGAGGCUGCAGGCACCUGCGAGAAGAACGCCUGGAUCAUCGGCUUCAUCAACGCCUGCCCCUACAUCGCCAUUGCACUCUUCUGCGCAUGGAUCUCGGAUCCCAUCAACCACCUCGUCGGCCGUCGGCAUACCAUCUUCGUUGCCGCCAUCUUCUCUCUUCUGUCUCCCUUUGGUAUGGGCCUCUCCCAGACCUGGGGCCAGCUCGCCGUCUGCCGCGUCCUACUCGGUAUCGGUAUGGGUCUCAAGGAGGUCACGGUCCCCGUCUUCUCGGCCGAGAAUACGCCUGCCUCCAUCCGUGGCGGCCUGGUCAUGUCCUGGCAGAUUUGGACCGCCUUUGGCAUCUUCCUGGGCACCGUCGCCAACAUUGCUGUCAUGAACACGGGCGAUAUCUCCUGGCGUCUUCAGUUCGGCUCCGCCUUCAUCCCCGCCGUUCCACUCGUCAUUGGCAUCUACUUCUGUCCCGAGUCGCCCCGCUGGCUCAUGUCAAAGGGCCGCUACAAGGAAGCCUUCAAAUCCUUCCAACGCCUGCGCAACACGCCGCUCCAAGCCGCCCGUGAUCUGUACUACACGGACGCGCUCCUCAAGCAGGAAAAGGAAGCCGCCAAGGCGCUUGGGGUCAGUCCCGAAUCCAACUUCUUCACCCGCUUCUUCCAGCUCUUCACCAUCCCCCGCGUGCGUCGCGCCACCCAGGCCUCCGGUAUUGUCAUGAUCGGUCAGCAAAUGUGUGGCAUCAACAUCAUCGCCUUCUACAGCUCCACCAUCUUCAAGGAGGGAGGGUUCGGUACCAAGGAGGCUCUCAUCGCCUCUUUCGGCUUCGGUCUCGUCAACUUCGCCUUCGCCUGGCCUGCAGUCUGGACAAUCGAUACCUUUGGUCGCCGUAACUUGCUGCUGUUCACGUUCCCCAACAUGUUCUGGACGCUUCUGGCGGCUGGCAUGUCGUACUACAUCCCCAAGGAGAGCAAGGCGCACCUGGGUUUGAUCGCCUUCUUCGUCUACCUCUUCGGCGCUUUCUAUUCUCCCGGCGAAGGUCCUGUGCCUUUUACCUACUCUGCCGAGGUCUUCCCGCUGUCUCACCGUGAGGUGGGUAUGAGCUGGGCCGUCGCGACCAACAACUUCUGGGCCAGUGUGUUGAGCUUGACGCUGCCAAGUAUGUUGAAGGCGUUCAAGCCCCAGGGUGUGUUUGGCUUCUACGCUGGACUGAACGUCAUUGCUCUCAUCAUGAUCUUCCUCUGGAUGCCCGAAACCAAGCAGCGCACGCUUGAAGAGCUCGACUACGUCUUCGCCGUCCCCACACGCACGCACAUGAACUUCCAGCUCCGGAAGCAGCUCCCUUGGGCUUUCGAGACGUACAUCAUGCGCAGGAAGGGCUUGAAGAAGCCGGUCCUGUACCAUUUCGAGGGCGUGGAUGACAGCCGGAAACCGGGCGACGCCGUCGCCGUGCAUGAGGAGGUGGCUCAGGCCGGCAAGGAGGCGGAUGCAGUUUAGGGCCGUGUCAUGACUAGUCUUGUGAUGGUGUUACGUGACGGGAUCAUGGUUGGACACAAGAUGCGAGGCGGAUAAUAAGUGGGUUUGGACAAGGGACGAACCAUAUAGAUUGUCGUCGUUGUCGCAUUGCGUCUGGCUGGAUAUCUGGUCUCUGUUUUCUUUCCUCCUUUUGGUCCUAUCCUAAUCGGACGGAUCUUCUUUCGGUGUGGUUCUGGGUCUCACAACCUU